AUGAAUUUAUAUUUGCCAUUUAGAUUCUCAUUCUUAAACAUUUAUUUUAUGACUAUUGCUGUUACUGGUACUUUCAUUGUUACUUCGUACAUCGGAUUGAAGAAACAAACAUUAUACCAACUUGCUAGCAACACCAACAUCGAUGUAAUUGAUGUGAGGUACAAUUACUCCAGUAAACUUUCUAACAGUAGAUCAGUGGCCAAAGUUCCUUCAAGAUCUGUAUGCUCCAUGUUUUGCUCUUCAGAAGUUUUAUUUUCAUGCGCCGGUUUCGAAUAUGAGGAUAGUUUUAAAAAAUGUUUGCUGCUUAAUAGUUUCUCGUCUGGCGUCAAUAUUUCUCCUCGUAUAGUUAGAUUUCGUAUUAGAGAAGCAGCAUGUCCCGCCAACUCGACCUAUCACCCUUCCAUACGAUCCUGCUUGACCUUGAUCGUUGGCUCCAUGACCUGGUCAGACGCCAGGGCAAAAUGCAACAAUUUGAAUUUGAACUUUCACCCUCUGGUCAUCAACAGUAAUGAGGUCUUUGUGACUCUGCAAAGAUAUUGGAGCUCGCUUCCAGCUGAAUCAACAAACCAGUGCAAGGGAGGUUCUUAUUGGAAAAUUUGGACAUGCGGCAGGUGGAAACUGGACGUACCCUCCCCGUUUCACUGGCAACCCUAUCAGGGAUGUGCCACAUUCCCGUUUGUUUACACGAGAUGGGAUUCUGGUCAGCCCGACAAUUUGUACCAAAGUACCGCGUACAAAAAUGUAAACAAUGCCGCCUACCUGUUCACAAAAACUGGAAAACAUUCAAGAUACAAGAACAAUGAAAACGCUGAUAAAUUAUAA